AUGGCCAUGGAUUUCAAAGGGGUGGCGGAGCGUUUCCGCGUCUCCCUACAGCACCCGGAUACGGGGCAGAGCGAGCUCGUGGUGGUGCAGAUCGGCCUGGACGGCCUGAAGGUGCUGAGCGCCGACGGCAGCCGCACCAACCGCGUCUACCCGCUGAACAACAUCAGCCGAUGGGCACUGCGCGGCACCAGCCUGCAGCUGUACACCAAGACGGUGGUGGACGUGGAGGAGCGCCAGGUGUCGCUGCAGUCCGACGAGCACACCAUCCGCUCGGUGCUGGACACACUGACGUCUGCCUGCAUGCAGAUGUCUGAGUUACUGCAGAAUGGGGAGGCGCCUGGGGGUACAGAGAGUUUGAACCAACUGACACAGCUCUUGGCAGGAGGUGGAGGUGGUGCCAAAAAGAAGCGUGGGAUAAGCUUGCCAAGCGUCGAUGAAAUCGAAUUCUGGCGCGGGGCAGAGAAGGACGGCUGGUUGUACUCCCAGGGAGAGCACAUAAAGACAUGGCGCCGCAGGUGGUUCGUCCUGAAGCAGGGCCACCUGUUUAGGUUCGCUACUCGUGACAUCGACUCAUCGUCCAAACCCCGGGGGGUGGUGGACCUCAGCAAGGUCACAGAUGUCACCAAUGGCCAGAGCACAACAGGCCGCCCCAACUCCGUCAAGUUGUCCACUGCAACAGGGCAUGUGUGCUACAUAGCGGACAGUGAGACCGACCUUGUGGAGUGGAUGUCGGUUCUGGAGAGGGCAACUCAUGAGAUCGUCAAGAAGGUGGCUGGGGUGGAUGAUGAGGAGAGGGAGCAGCCCAGGGGUGGCGCCAAGGCGCAGACGGAGUGGAUGCAGCAACUCAUGGACAGUUACAGUGUUGCUGGCAAGGGUGGGUCGUCUGGCGACAGUGGCAGGAGGAGCGCAAACCAGAUGGUGAAUGUCGUUGACUAUGAGCAGUUCUCGGCGACUGCACCACCUGCCACCCCUAACACGCUGUCCUCAGGCGGAGGAUUGAACAUGAGGGACAUCGAAGGGAUUGCGGGCAUUGUGGACUCCCGAAUGGGUGGUGGUGCCAGUUAUGGGGCAUCGGUGCCUUCAGAUGGUAGGGGCCAGCUGUCGUACCCAUCUGUUGUGGCGUACCCUGACACAAGACUGAGUUACCAACCCCAGCCAAGCCAGCCAAACCAGCCAAGCCAGCCCAGCCAGCCCAGCCAGCCCAGCCAGCCAAGCUACUCAGACAUGGCACACCAGUACCAGGGCCAGUAUCAGGGCCAGCAGUCACAGCAAGGGGUGCCCAAUUCGUAUGCAGUGGGACCGUCCAUCAUUGACCAGCCGCCUUCACAGCAGCCCACGUACCCGUCAAGGGCGCUGGAGUCGCACGCUCAGCCUUACCAGCCAACCCCGGCAGCGAUGCAGGUCCCCACUGCAUCUGCUCCCCCUCCCACCCAAGCCAGCUCAUGGCAGGUCCUGUACACGCCUGACGGACAGGCAUACUAUUUCAACAGGAGCACCGGCACAACUCAAUGGGAAGCACCCUUCGAGCUUGUAGCCUGA